CAGAGAGGGGCGGCGGGGACGCACUGAACAUUCAGAAAGCAAGAUGUCUAGCAGGCCGGGCCUUGAAAGAACAGUGACGUUUCGCAACUGAAAGUCGCUACUCGAGCCUUGCCAAUUGGGGAGACUAUGCCCAUGAUAUCCGCGGCCUCGGAGCCCAGACCAUCCGGGCCCUCGCGCCCCAACCCCCACCAGCCUCGGGCCGGGCUAGGGCGUGGAUGGGGCUUCCCGUCCCUCACGCGGGUCCGCCCCAUGCCGGGCGGGGCCUGGGGCCCGCCCCCUCCGCCCCCUCCGCCCGUGGCCGGGGAGCCCCAGGCCCGAGCCACGCGGUCUCCCGGGUCCGGGCCGGGGCUCGAUGGCGACGUGGAGGCGGGACGGCCGACUGACAGGCGGCCAAAGGCUGCUGUGUGCUGGGCUGGCGGGGGCGCUCAGCCUUAGCCUCACCGCGCCCCUGGAGCUCGCCACCGUGCUGGCCCAGGUUGGCGUCGUGCGAGACCACGCCCGGGGGCCGUGGGCCACGGGGCACCGCGUGUGGCGGGCAGAGGGGCCCCGGGCCUUGUGGAAGGGGAACGCGGUGGCGUGCCUGCGCCUCUUCCCCUGCAGCGUCGUGCAGCUCGCCGCCUACCGCAAGUUUGUUGUGAUGUUCACAGAUGACCUGGGCCACAUUUCCCAGUGGAGCUCCAUCAUGGCUGGGAGUCUCGCAGGCAUGGUUUCCACCAUUGUAACAUAUCCUACAGACCUCAUCAAAACCCGGUUGAUCGUGCAGAACAUGCUGGAACCAUCGUACAGGGGGCUCCUCCAUGCUUUUUCUACUAUUUACCAACAGGAAGGGUUCCUUGCCCUUUAUCGAGGGGUUUCCCUCACUGUUGUAGGUGCUCUCCCGUUCUCUGCUGGCUCCCUUCUUGUUCACAUGAACCUGGAGAAAAUCUGGAAUGGACCCCGAGAUCAGUUUUCUCUCCCACAGAACUUUGCUAAUGUCUGUCUGGCUGCUGCAGUGACCCAGACCCUCUCCUUUCCCUUUGAGACCGUGAAGAGAAAGAUGCAGGCUCAGAGCCCCUACCUCCCACACAGUGGAGGAGUAGAUGUCCAUUUCUCAGGAGCAGUGGACUGCUUCCGGCAGAUAGUGAAGGCCCAGGGGAUCCUGGGGCUCUGGAAUGGAUUGACAGCCAAUUUACUGAAGAUAGCUCCAUAUUUUGGAAUUAUGUUUAGCACCUUUGAGUUCUGCAAGAGAAUCUGUCUUUAUCAAAAUGGUUACAUUCUGUCUCCACUGAGCUAUAAAUUGACCCCAGGAGUCGAUCAGAGUUUGCAGCCACAGGAAUUACGAGAAUUAAAGUUCUUCAAAACGAGAAAACUGAAGUCUAAAAAACCAACUCUAUAAAAUGGAAUGGAACUAGAAGUGCACUGACUGACAGCGUGUGGCAAUCACAGAUAAAUGUAGCCUCAUAACUGUACACCUGAGGAGGGAUGAGAAGCUACUGUUAUCUGCUGCUCUGGGAAAUGAGACGGUUUGGCCAUGCACCACCUCAAAUCUCCAAACUGAUGUCCCUGUGAACACCUGCACCAUGAGAAGGUUUCCCAACAAGAGUGUAUCAUGAUGGCAUUCCACGAGAUUUUAUAACCAGAGUCUAACAGUGAUAAAAUGUACAAUUUACGCUCUGAAUAGAAACAUGACACCAAAGAAAGGGCAUUGCCAUGACAUCUCAAAGCAACAGGUAAUUGAAGUGGCUGAGUGGAUACCACAUUGUGAGGUCAGCCACUGGGUCACUUGUAGUCAAUGCAAAGCUUGCACAAACCAACAUCAGCCUAGUUUCACUCAGUUUGACCAGAGACUUCCCAAUACAGUCUGUUGUUGUUUUGUUUUUAGAGAUAGGGUCUUGCUUUGUCACCCAGGCUGGAGUACAAUGACACAAUCAUAGCUCACUGCAGCCUCGAACUCCUGGGCUCAAGACAUCCUCCUGCUUCAGCCUCCUGAGAGUUGGGACCAUAGGUGCACACCACCACACAUAGCUAAUUUUUUUUUUUUUUUGUGGGGGCAGGGGGGCGGGGUCUUGCUAUGUUGCCCAGACUGGUCUUGAACUCCUGGGCUCAUGCAAUCCUCCUGCCUUGGCCUCCCAAAGCCCUAGGAUUACAGGUGUGAGCCACUGCACCCUGCCCCAGUACAAUCUUUCUUGAACUCAAAUUUUUGCUGACUUCUGAGUACACACACCACAGUGUAAAUUAUGCCUUAUCAGAAACUAAAUGAAAAUAACGAACAUUUAAAAGCUAUCACCAUUGUAGUAGAGUCAUCCUUAUUUUUUGAAAUUUGAAGCAUCCCAGGCUUAUAAAUCUUGUGUUUCACAAAGACAGUUUAUACCAUGACUGCUUAAUUAUCCCCCCGAAGAACUUCUGAUUGAAGUCAUGUACAGUUCAGUGGCCUAAAUUCUCUGCCUUUUUAACUUGCUUUGCAAGCCUACCCUGAAAAUAAAUUAUUUAGUCAAGUUAUUCUCAAAGAUGUCCCAGUUGCCUAGAAAGGAUCAAAUGGAACAUUUGACACACAUACCCAAAAAAAUGUAACUGACUAUAAACACUUUAACCUAAUCAUCUGUAUCAAACUUCCUAAAAAUCAAAUUUCAGGACUGUUCCACCUUAGAGAUUCUAUGUAAAGUUUAAAUAACUAUAUUUUUCAAAUAGCACCUAUCUAUGCACUUAAAAAUGCAUUAAUAUCCAACAUUAAAUUGUUAAUUUAUACACACACACACACUCCCUACACAGAGAUUUUCAGUAUGUUGCAAGUAUUUUUUCUGAUUAAAUGUAUUUUCCAAA